CUCAGUUUAUUACAGGGCUCUCGUCAACUUCACCAACUCCGUGGUCUAUAGCCCUCGGCUGGAGGAUAUCUUCUCCGCAGAAUUUAAGGAGAUUUCAGAGGCAGUGAUGGAUACGCUGGAGUCGGACUACAACCGGAUCCCGGGUUACCAGACGGUCAACGUGGUCCUCAUUAAAAAGGUGAUAAGAGAGGACGGCGUGGAUGUGUUCGUGGAGCUGGACGUUGGCUCCGAGUACAACAGCAACGAGGCCGAGAUCCGCAGCGUGCUCUACAACGUGGUGAGGGAGGGGGCCAUCGCCUCCUACGUCACGUCGGUGGACGGCUUUCAGUUCAGGCAGCUGGGAAAAGUCGUCGUCACUCAAAGACCCUGCAUGGCAGAUGAGCACAGGUGUGGUGAUGGAACGUGCAUCCUGAUGGAAUUCCUGUGUGACAAUAGACCCGACUGCAGAGAUUUGAGUGAUGAGGCCAACUGUGAGACGAUAAAGCCCCUGGGGCCGCGCUUUACCACCCCGCCCACCACCACCACCACCACCACCACCACCGUCAGGACCAAAGUGGUGGCCCCGGUCUUCCCCGGGCCGUCUUUGCCCUGCAGAGCGGAUCAGGCCACAUGCCAGAGCGGCCAGUGCAUCCCACGAGACUACAUCUGCGACGGAGAAAGGGACUGCUCAGACGGAAGUGAUGAAUUCAGAUGUGGCACUCCGUCUCCCUGCGAGCCCAACGAGUUCAAGUGUAAAAACGGCCGCUGCGCCCUCAAACUGUGGCGCUGUGACGGCGACAAUGACUGCGAGGACAACUCCGAUGAAACGGACUGCCCUACCAAGGGUCCCAAUGACAGCUGUGCUCCGGAGCAGUACGAAUGCCAGAGCGAUAACACCUGCAUCCCGGCCAGCUACCAGUGUGACGGCGAGUCGGAUUGCGCCGACAGCUCUGAUGAGAGGGGCUGCACCCCCCCUUCCGUCGUAAGCCCACCGGAGGAGUCCGUUCAGGCAGCGCGGGGGUCCACCGUAACGUUCACCUGUCGGGCCGUUGGGGUCCCAACACCCAUCAUCUCCUGGAGGCUCAACUGGGGACAUAUUCCCGUCAGCAACCGGAUCUCCAUGACCAAUGAGAACGGGCGAGGGACCCUGACCAUCCGCGAUGUGAAAGAGGCGGACCAGGGCGCGUACACAUGCGAGGCCAUUAACGCCAAGGGCCUGGUGUUCGGCAUCCCCGACGGAGUGUUGACCCUCACAUCAAAUUCAAACUCAGGCAACUGUCCUAGUGGCCACUUCAGUGUAAGCGGCCGCUGCGUGUCCUGCUUCUGCGCCGGAGUCACCAGAAACUGCAAGAGCACCGGACGCUACCGCGAGCGCAUAACCCUGCGCUUCACAGAGGAGGAAGACUUCAAAGGAGUGAACGUUACCUACCCCUCCAGGCCGGGCACCCCCCCUCUGUCCUCCACCCAGCUCCUGGUCAACCCCGAGAUGGAGGAGUUCCAGCUGGUUGACCUGUCGCGUCGUUUCCUUAACCUGGAGUCCUUCUGGACUUUGCCCCGCCGGUUCCUGGGCAACAAAAUCGAUUCUUAUGGAGGAUCCCUCAGGUUUAAGGUGAGGUACACGCUGGCCCGUGGCCUGUCGGAGCCCGUGGAGAAGCCGAACGCGAUUAUACUCGGAAACGGACGCAGGCUCAUUUACCGCAGAGGCAAUGGAACCCCUCCUAACGUGGUCAACCAGAAGGAGAUCAGAUUCACUGAGGAAAACUGGCAGCAUUCCAACGGCAAUCCCGUUAGCCGGGACGAGCUGAUGAUGACUCUGGCCAACCUGGACAGCAUCAAUAUCCGCACCGUGUAUGACAACCACAUGGUCAGCGUGGCGCUCAGCGACAUUGUCAUGGACACCACCACCGUGGAGUUCUCCACUCUGGGCCACGCCAAAGACGUGGAGGAAUGCAGAUGCCCUGCUGGAUACUCAGGUCUGUCCUGUGAGAUGUGCUCCUCUGGUUUUGAGCGUGUCCCUGGUGGCCCCUAUCUCGGUACCUGCGCUGGCUGUAACUGUAACGGACACGCCACGGCCUGCGAUCCAAUAAACGGACACUGUCUGAGCUGCCAGCACAACACAGAGGGCCCUCAGUGCGACAGGUGCCGGCCCGGCUACUUCGGCGAUCCUAGCCGCGGUCGCCCCGACGACUGCAAGCCCUGCCCCUGCCCUUACACGGAGACCUCACGCCGGUUUUCUGACACCUGCUUCCUAAAUGUUGACCAGCAGCCAACGUGUGACGCCUGCAGGCCCGGCUACACGGGAAGGCGCUGCGAAAAGUGUGCCCCCGGUUACCAGGGCAACCCGCUCUUGCCGAAUGGAAAAUGCGUCCCUAGCCAAGCCCUCACCAAGUGUGACGACAGAGGGACCGUCCGCUCCAGCAGCAACCCGUGCAGCUGUAAGAACAACGUGGCAGGCGCUCUGUGCGACCAGUGCAGGCCCGGGUUCUUCCACCUCUCCGAGGCCAACCCGGACGGCUGCCUGCCCUGCUUCUGCAUGGGCGUCACCAAACAGUGCGCCAGCUCCACGUGGAGCCGAGACCAGGUGCGAGGGGGCGUGAACGGGCAGCUCUUCUCCCUCUCCAACAGCGCCAACACCAGAAUUCUCACCCAGGGGAUCUCCCAGAGGGGCUCCUCUGAAGUGGUGUACCGCUCCUUCUCCAGCGUCCCCAGGGACGUGUACUUCUGGGUGCUGCCCGAGAGCUUUAGGGGAGAUAAGGUGACGGCCUAUGGCGGCGAGCUCCGCUACACGCUGCUCUUCGAACCGGCCCAGCGCUCGCCGGCCGUCGACGGUCAGCCCGACGUGGUUCUCCAGGGCAACGACAUCUUCCUGGAGCACUACUCGGAGGCGAAGCCGCUCCCGCGCGUGCCGCACACCGUGACCGUGACGUUCAGGGAGUCCUCGUGGCGUCGGGCCGAUGGGCAGCCGUGCACCCGGGAGCACCUGUUGAUGGCGCUGGCCGACGUGACUGUCCUCAUGAUCCGGGCCGUCUACGCAGAAAACACGGCGGAGAGCAGUCUUUCAGAUAUCAAGAUGGACGUGGCUGUUCCUCACUCCACUGGUAAUGAGGGCGCUCUGGAGGUGGAGGAAUGUGCCUGCCCACCGGGAUACAGAGGACUGUCCUGCCAGGAAUGCGAGGAAGGCUACACCCGCACCAGCUCCGGCCUUUACCUGGGCACCUGCGAGCGGUGCGACUGCAACGGUCACGGCAGCAGCUGCGACCCGGUGACCGGCAGAUGCCUGCAAUGUCUUCAUAACACCGCCGGGCCGAGAUGCGAGCGCUGCCAGCCCGGUUUUUACGGAGACCCUGUAGCCGGCGGUGUUCAGGCCUGCAGGCCGUGCCCGUGUCCCGGAGUCGCAUCCAACAACCAAUUCUCGUCGACUUGCUUUUUGGACUCCGACGGCGAGCCAACUUGCGACAACUGUCCUCCCGGUUUCAGCGGCCGGCGCUGCGAAAGUUGUGCCUCAGGAUACGUUGGCGACCCCCUGAAUGGACUGGCCUGCGGUGUACUCAAUGGGGACUGCUCGGACUGUGACGCCAGAGGAAGGAAAGCCUGCCACGGUGGCGUGUGCCACUGCAAGAUGCACGUGGAGGGCCCGUCCUGCUCCAGGUGUAAGGCCGGGACCUUCUACCUGGACGAGCGGAACAACGACGGCUGCUUGUCCUGCUUCUGUAUGGGUGUCACUCAGCAGUGCUCCAGCUCCGCGCUGUACAGAGACACGUUGUCCUCAGCCUUCUCACGAGGAAACUUCCAGGGAUUCGCCCUGGUGAAUCGCCAGCGAACCAACCGUGUGUCCACCGGUUUCACGGUGGAGGUUUCCACUGAAGGCACUCAGCUUUCCUACAGCAACUUUGACUACCUGGGACAAGAGCCUCACUACUGGCAGCUUCCAGGUCUUUACCAGGGAGAUAAGGUGGGUUCUUAUGGCGGCAAGCUGAAAUACACCAUCUCCUAUGUGGCUGACCCAAGAGGAAGGUACCUGGACGACGUGGACGUGCAGAUUAUUGGUAACGACAUCACCCUGGUAACUUCUCUGCCGUGGCCGAGGACGCUGUACAGCAGCAGAGAGACCAAGAGGUUUGAGGUGGUCUUCAGAGAGGAAAACUGGAGUCGACCCGACGGCAUGCCCGCCACCCGAGAGCACCUGCUGAUGGUCCUGGCCGACCUGGACGACGUGCUGAUCCGAGCCUCCUACUCCACCGAGAUGCGCUCGUCCAGCAUCUCGGACAUCAGCAUGGAGGUGGCCGUGCCCACCUUCAGCGGCCUGGCGCAGGCCCUGGAGGUGGAGCAGUGCCGCUGCCCGCCCCAGUACCAGGGGCUGUCCUGUCAGGAUUGCGCUCCUGGAUACACUCGCACGGGAGGAGGUUUGUACCUGGGCCACUGCGAGCUCUGCGAGUGCAACGGCCACUCGGACUCCUGCCACCCCGAGACGGGCACCUGCACGGGCUGCCUGCACAACACCCAGGGCGAGGCCUGCGAGCAGUGCGCCCCCGGCUUCUUUGGCGACGCAACAGUUGGCACCCCGGAGGACUGCCAGCCCUGCGCCUGCCCUCACACUGACCCAGACAGCCAGUUCUCCCCGACCUGUGAGAGCCUCGGAAAUGGAGGCUACCAGUGCACGGCUUGUCAGCCUGGCUACACCGGCCAGUACUGUGAGCGUUGUGCCCCCGGUUACGUCGGCAACCCGCAGGAGAGAGAAAAGUGCCGUCCCAAUGACGCCGCAGCCUCCCUGGUGGUGAAGGUUUACCCGGAGAGGUUCCAGACGUCGCAGGGCAGCCCAGUCACUCUGCGCUGCCAGGUGUUCGGCUCCCCCCCGCUCUACUUCCACUGGUCCAGAGAGGACGGGCGGCCCAUCUCCAGCGGCGCCGAGAGGCGCAAGCAAGGCGCAGAGCUGUACUUCUCCAGCGUCCAGCCGGGCGACGCCGGCGUCUACAUCUGCACCUGCAGAGACCAGCGCAGCACCAACCGGAGCGGGGCGGAGAUCGUGGUCCAGGGUGGCCCCUCCAAACCCAUCGAGGUCACAGUGGAGGAGCCUAAAUCUCAGACGGUCAGGGUCGGCUCGACGGUCAGCUUCAUCUGUACCGCGAAAAGCAAGUCGCCGGCUUACACCUUGGUCUGGACCCGGAAGGGCGUGGGCAAGCUUCCCCACAGGGCCAUGGACUUCAACGGCAUCCUGACCAUUCAGAACGUCCAGCCCGAGGACGCCGGCGCCUACGUGUGCACGGGCUCCAACAUGUUCGCGAUGGACGAGGGCAGCGCCAUCCUCUACGUGCCAGAGGUCUCACAGACUCAGAUGUUUUACACAGCCUAUGAAAUGUUUGAAGGACAUGGAAAGCCCGCAGAGAGGCCCCAGCCUGUGGCCACCAUCACCCCCUCGGUGCUGAACGUCCAGCAGGGCCAGCGGGCAGAGCUCCGCUGCACGGCAACGGGAAAACCCACCCCGGCCAUCGAGUGGAUCGGGGGGCCAGGGAACAGGAUGAGCCCCAGAGCUGUGGUCCGGGGGGGCGUUCUGACCUUCGCAGCGAUGGACCCGGCUGAUCAGGGGGAAUACACCUGCAAGGCCCUGAACACUCACGGCGAGCACACAGCGAGGGCGUCCAUUUUUGUCCAAAAAUCUAACCCAGGUAACCUAGGCACCCAACCUCAAGUCCAAGUCAGUCCCCAAAACGCUGAGGUCCACGAAGGGGACACCUUGAGGCUGUACUGCAGAGCAUCGGGCUCACCCGCCCCACGGCUCACCUGGCUGAAAAACGGGGGGCAAAUCCCUCCCCAGGCCAUUCCCUCUCACGGUUUCCAUCAGUUUAAAAGCAACAGUAUCGAUGUGUUACAGAGACGUAUUGAGGAGCUGCAGGCCCGAAUGGACCGCACUGACAUCGGCACUCUGCUCAUUCCCAACAUCCAGCUGUCUGACUCGGGCACUUACAUGUGUGUUGGCAGCAACAGCAUUGGGUCUAAUAGUGCUCCCAUUAAAGUAAAAGUGCUCAAAGCCGCAGAGCAAAGAUUUGCAGAAGUUCACAUCGAGCCGUCUGUAGCCGAGGUCCAGGAAGGUCAGAGUCUGUCGCUCAACUGUUUUGCUCCUGGAAAUCCUCCCCCCAGAGUGGCCUGGAUGAGACCCAGUGGACGGCUCUCUGACAACCACCAGGUUGUGGGCAGUCGGCUUCGCAUCGUCUCGGCCACACCUGAGGAUUCUGGAGAGUACGUCUGCCAGGUUCAGGGUGUCCCUGGGAAAUUCGGUUCUACUGGUCAUCAGGCCACUGUUUCUGUGAACGUGUCUUCCACCUCAACCUCUUCACGCCUGCAGAGCCCGAUCAUCGGCAUUGAACCCCACAGCGCGGCGGUGCGCGCGGGGGAGUCGGCCAGCUUCACGUGCCGGGUGUACACGGGAGCCCAGCCAGUCCGGCUGGAGUGGAAACUGGCCAACAACCAGCCGCUGCCAGACAAUGUCAGAGUGUCCCCAGAUGGUUCCGUCAUGACCAUAAGCAGUGCUCGCCCCAUGAACCAUGGCGCCUACCGCUGCGUGGCAAGCAACCCAUUCGGCAUCACCCACACCAUAGUGUCCCUUAUCGUCAAAGAAUCUCCCGUGGCCACCGUCACCCCCGUGGGGCCGGUGCGGGUCAGGGCGGGCGAUCCCAUCAAUCUGGAGUGCCAGGCCUCGGGGGAGCCCAGGCCGUCGGUGUCCUGGCACCGGCUGGACAACAACCGCCGGACCGUGCUGAGCAGCCCCGUGCCCAUGGACUCCAACGCCGUCAUGCAGAUCCUGGCGGCGCGCCCGGAGGACAGCGGCACCUACGUGUGCACGGCCCGCAACGUGGAGGGCGCCACCGAGACCAGGGUGGAGGUGACGGUUGAGGGGGGACCCCAGAUCCCCGCCGCCCCCAGGGCCUCCGUUCCCGAGCCGCUGAUGGUAGUGGUGGAGGGACAGACGGCCACUCUGCGCUGCGAGGCCCACGGAUUCCCCUCUCCUAAGAUUACCUGGUCCAAGCUACGCUCCCCUCUGCCCUGGAGACACAAGGUGGUGGACAACAGCCUGGUGCUGCCCAGCGUCGGCCGGCAGGACUCGGGCGAGUACAUCUGCAGCGCCACCAACAACAUGGGCACCACGGACGUCACCAUCAUGCUCGACGUGGAAACUCCUCCUUAUGCCACCUCCACGGCGGACGUGGUGUCGGUACGGGUGGGGGAGGUGAUCCGGUUGCAGUGCCUGGCGCACGGCACUCCCCCGUUGAACUACGCUUGGACCAAGCUGGAAGGGCCCCUCCCUCCGAGAGCUCAGGCUAACGGAGGGGAUCUCCAGAUCGACCUGGCCACCGCCGAGGACGCCGGGAACUACAAGUGUGUGGCCAGGAACCGAGUGGGCGCCAGCGAGGUCGUUACCAGAGUCACAGUCAGAUCCCCUCUCGCAGUGCGAGUGUCCCCACAGGUGGAGGUAAAAGCCCGGGGCAGUGCCGUGGAGUUCACCUGUUCGGCAGCAGGUGGCGUGGAGACAAAGAUUGAGUGGCUCAAAGAGGGGGGAUCCCUACCACCCAACCACCACCUCAAGGAUGGAGUUCUCAGGAUUGAGAACCUGGAGCAGAGUAAUGAAGGCGUUUACAUCUGCAGAGCCAUCAGUGACUAUGGUCAGGCACAGGACACUGCCAGGCUGACCAUCCAAGCCCUGCCGAAGGUGAUGAUUAACGUGCGGACUUCGGUGCAGACCGUGAUGAUCGGGAACUCCGUGGAGUUCGAGUGCCAGGCCGUCGGCGACCCGGAGCCCACCGUCAAAUGGAGCAAAGUCGGCGGGCCUCUGCCGGCCCACGUGGUGGUGAAGGCCGGCAUGCUGAGGAUCCAGCAGGUGACGGAGGCCGACGCCGGCCAGUACCGCUGCACGGCCACCAACGAUGUGGGAUCCGUUCAGUCUCAGGUGGUCCUCAACGUCCAGUCCCUUCCUCAAAUCGCUGCGCUCCCAGAAACAAAGGAGGUGACGGUGGGGUCUGACGCAGUCCUGCCCUGCGUUGCCUCAGGAUAUCCCGUGCCUGACAUCCAAUGGUCAAAGAUGGAGGGAGAGCUUGCUCCUAAGUGUUUCCAGGAGGCCAACGUGCUGACGGUUCCUCGGGUUACCCACGAGGAUUCGGGCACCUACGUCUGCACAGCCACUAACAAACAGGGAAAAGUGGAAGCUUUCACCAAGCUGGAUGUUCACGAGCGAGUCAUGCCGUACUUUGCACAGGAACCUUUGUCAUACCUCACCCUGCCCACCAUCAAAAACGCCUACAAAGCUUUCAAAGUGAAGAUCAACUUCAGACCCGAUAAUGUUGAUGGUCUCAUUUUGUACGCUGGCAUGAUCCUCUACAACGGCCAGAGGAAGACCACGGGGGCUGACUUCAUCUCUCUGGGACUUGUCGGUGGGCGCCUGGAGUUCAGGUUUGACGUGGGCUCUGGCAUGGCCACCAUACGCGACCCCAACCUCAUUAAACUCGGAGAGUUUCACACGGUGGAGCUGAGUCGCAACCUCACCCAGGGAUAUAUCAUCGUGGACGGAGGAGAGCCCAUUAACGGCACAUCACAGGGCAAGUUCCAGGGCCUUGAUCUGAAUGAGGAGCUGCAUGUGGGUGGUUACCCCAAUUACACACUCCUCACCAAAACCGCUGGCAUUAAGUCCGGAUUUGUGGGCUGCAUCCGUCAGCUGGUCAUCCAGGGAGAGGAGGUGAUCUUUAAAGACCUUGACCGCAGCUCUACCGGCGUCUCGAACUGCCCCACCUGCAAAGACCACCCAUGCCAGAACGGAGGACGGUGCGAGGACUCGGAGGCCAGUUUGUACAAGUGCAGAUGCCCCGGAGGGUUUACGGGCAGCAACUGCCAGCACCACUCGUCUCUGCACUGUCACUCAGAGGCCUGUGGUCCAGACGCUACCUGCAUCAACCGCCCGAGUGGCCUGGGGUACGACUGUCGCUGCCAUCUUGGGAAAUCUGGAAAUAAAUGCAUGGCUGGGGAGUUGGUGACAACUCCGCUGUUUGAUGGAGUGGAGUCAUACAUAGCUUACCCUCCCCUGACCAACAUCCACGACGACCUGCGUGUUGAGCUGGAGUUCAAGCCCCUGGAGAAGAACGGCCUCAUGUUCUUCUGUGGUGGGAAGAAAAUGAAGGUGGAGGACUUCGUGGCCAUUUCCAUGGUGGAUAGACACGUGGAGUUCAGAUAUGAACUGGGCACCGGACAGGCAAUCCUUGUCAGUCCGGAGCCGGUCACCUUGGGUCAGUGGCACCGAGUUGUAGCCGAGCGGAACAAGAAGGCCGGCCACCUGAGGGUGAACCAGGGCCCGGUUGAGCGGAAGACGUCUCCAGGAAAUGCCCAGGGCCUCAAUAUCCACACCCCCAUGUACUUAGGCGGAGUGCCUAAGAUGGACAUCCUGCCCAAGCCUGCAAACAUCAGCGAAAUGUUCGAGGGCUGUAUCGGAGAGGUUUCAAUCAACAACAAGAAGGUGGAUCUGUCCUACAGCUUCACGGAGAGCAAAUCCAUCAGCAAAUGCGUGGACAGCAGCCCCUGUGACCGCCGGCCCUGCCUCAACGGCGGCGACUGCAUGUCCAAUGCCGAGUAUGAGUACCAGUGCCUCUGUAAGGAUGGAUUUGAAGGUGAGCGCUGUGAGGUGGUGAAAGACGUGUGCCAGAGCCACCGGCAGUGCCAAAAUGGUGGAAGUUGCGUGGGCGGGCAGUGUGUGUGCGCGCCCGGGCACACGGGCCCCAACUGCGAGGAAGGCCAGGUCCUCAGCUCCCCCGAGGCUGCGUGGAGUUCAGAGGCUAGCGAGGCGAAUGAUUCACCCUAUCAGUAUGCAGCUCAAUUCCGCAGUAACGGAUACGUCGUCCUUCCGAAAUCCGUCUUCCCAAGAAGUGCCCAUGACUCACCUGAGACGAUUGAAAUGGAAAUCAACACCAGCUCUUCUGAGGGCCUGAUACUGUGGCAAGGAGUGCAACCCGGAGAACACAGCAGAGGCAAAGACUUCAUCAGCCUCGGCUUACAGAACGGACACCUCGUCUUCAGUUACCAGUUGGGCAGCGGGGAGGCAAAGAUAAUGUCCCGAAGACCUAUCAAUGACAGGAAAUGGCAUAAGAUUACAGCAGUCAGAACUGGAAGAGAUGGAUAUAUCCAGAUCGAUGGAGGGGAAACACUACAUGGACAGUCUAAAGGCAAAAGCCUCAUGGUCAACACCAAAGGCAGUUUAUACCUUGGGGGGGCACCCGACAUGGCGGCCAUGACCGGGGGGAAGUUCUCCUCAGGACUAGCGGGCUGCGUGAGGAACCUGACGCUGAUGAACGCCCGCCCGGGCCAGCAGCCGGCCCAGGCCAUCGACCUGCAGGCCCACGCCGGCCACGGCCUCAACGUUCAGCCCUGCUCCUCAUAGACACACGUUUUUAAAACGCACACCUACACACACACACAGAGACUAUGGAGUGACGUCACACACACACACACACACGC